AUGUCUCAAAUUGAAGUUUCCAAUCUGGUUUGCUUUGUCGUAGAAAACGAAUUAUUAAAAAUCCACAAAGACACCCUACUUAAAAAGCCUUAUUUCCAAGAAAUCCUGACUGGAUCAGAGACUUAUCCAGAAGUUCGAAUAUACUUGCCUGACUGAAUGUCAAGUGCUGCAUUUCAUCUCUAUCUCUCUUACAUAGAGUCUUCAAAGCUUCCAAAAACAGACUCUCAAACCGCUCGGAAGCUGCUGUGGACUGCAGACUUUUUUCAAGAUGAAGAGUUACAAAAGUCAUUAAUCGUUGACUGCAUAAUCCCACAUUUAACCAAAGACAGUGUUUUGCUAUUCCUUCAGGAUGCAUUUACCAAGUUAUCGAAUUCUAAAUCUGAAUGCUGGUUUGAACUUUAUCACAGCUGCUUAUUGUUCAUAGCAGAAAACUCUCAUUACAUCUUCUCUCAGUUUCAAAGUGUUAUAGAAGGAAUGGAUCACAAACUAAUUGAGGAUGUUAUGAGAUAUUCAAUGGGCAGGACUCUGAGGAUUUCUAAUACAGAUAAUUCUUUUAUCCUUGAAAAAAUAAAAGCUCUGCAUAAUGCAACUGGCUUUGUGAAUCUAUUAGAAAUUGAAGAAAAAAGGAUCACUGAAAACUUUGAUUGUGAAAUCCCUAUUUUUGAGUGGGAAAUUUCUGAUUUUACUUCGGGAAACUUUUAUAAGGAAUCAAAGACGUUUAUGAUUGGAGAGUCUGAAUGAGUAUUGUGUAUAUGAAGUUUUGAGCAUGAAAAUAGAUGCGAAAUUUCCAUAAAGUAUGUACAGUCUGGAGAAAUAUUUUCUAAAGAUUGUAUAGUCACACUUUCGUUACUUAUACAAACUGAAGAUGAAAAAAUUCAGCUGAAGCCUAAGCUAGUUCCUCUGCUAUUGGAUUCAAAAACUCACUCCACAGGAAGAGCGAGCAAGAAUUUUUUCGCUUUGUAGGGGUUAAUUUUUUUAAAUAUAUUAUAAAAUCUUUUUCUGAAUUUUAAUAAUCCUAAUUUCCAAAUAUUUUUAAAUGUAUUUUUAAGAAUUUAGUCUGUGUAAAUUUUAAUAGAAAUAGCUAAAGAUCUUGCUAUAGCAAUUAUUAAUUAUAUAAAUAAAUAUUUUAUAUAAAAAUUAUAUUAGAAAUGUAAUUUGUUCGCUCUUAAAGAGGCUAAUUUUCUGAAAUAGGAAUUUUCCAAAGGUCUUAUUCUCUUUUAGAGAAAGGAGUCAGUCUAUUAUAAGAUCAAUAUCUCCAUUUAGUCCUCAAGAAACAUCAAUGAUGAAGCUAAGAUUAUUUGGGAAAAUUGAGUACCUUUAUUCAGUUUUAUUACAGCACAUUGCAAGAAAUCCAGAUAUAUCUUUAGAAGCUGAAGAUUUGAGGUUGCUUCCCAGAGACAAGCUAGAAGCAAUGCUUUCUUAUAAAUAUCUAAAUGUAAAUUCAGAAGAUCAAGUUUUAAACAUUAUAGGAAAAUGAUGCGAGCAGCACCCUUACCAUAUUUCAGAUGAAGAUGCUUAUCAUCUUUUAUCAUGUGUUAAAUGGGAGUUUGUUUCACUGCGAUCUCUGUUAAAAUCUGUUAACUCCUUUUUAUUAGAUAAAAACCAUUAAAAAAAUCCCUAUUAUAGCCCUCGUCGUUAGCAAGAAAAUAAUGUUUUAAUAUAAAAUUUUUAUACAAAAUGAAUUUUAUUCUAAUAAUUGAUGAUUAUGAUUAUUGAUGAAAUCUUCAGCUAAUUCUAUUAUAUUUUAGAUAUAGGCUUUUCCUUAGACUAGCCCAAUAAAGCCGUGAUUUAUCCACGGAUUUUUUAUUUUGGCCGGACCAAAAAAAACAUCGUGGUCAAACAUGGUCUUAUAGAGCUGUUACAAGGAAAAACUUAUAGCCUAUAUAGCUCAUACCCCUUUAUAGAUUUCUUUAUCGAGCAAAAUGUACUGGAUUAUUGAACGACCAAGAGAGACUCUAUUAAAGGAACGGGCUAGAUAUCUAUAUCAGGAAGUGCUAAAAAGUGACAUGUCAAAAAAUGGUGACAAGUCUAAAAAAAAGUUGACAAGUAAACACGCCAAUUUUUAAAAUGGAUUUAUUAUUAAAAUAAUUUAAAACUUAAGAUAUUUUAAUUUUAAUCAAUUAUUAAUUAUGCUAAGCACACAUCAUAUGAGUCGAUAAGAACUUCUUAUAUAUUUAAAAUCACAAGCCACGCACUUUGCAAAUUAUAGCUCUAGUCUUCAUAAAUAAUUAGCAUAAAAUAAAGAAAUUCUAUCGAGCCGGAAAAAUGCACAUCGAUGUGCAAGUUUUUGAUUUUCACUUACAAGCCAUAUUGAAUUUUUGCUAAGUACUUCUCAUAUGAGUCGAUAAGAACUUCUUAUAUAUUUAAAAUCACAAGCCACGCACUUUGCAAAUUAUAGCUCUAGUCUUCAUAAAUAAAUUAGCAUAAAAUAAAGAAUUUUCAUCGAGCCGGAAAAAAAUGCACAUCGUAUUUCAAGUUUAUGAUUUUCACUUAUAAACCAUAUUGAAUUUUUGCUAAAUACUUCUCAUAUGAGUCGAUAAGAACUUUUUAUAUAUUGAUAUACACAAGCCACGCACUUUGCAAAUUAUAGCUUUAGUCUUCAUAAAUAAAUUAGCAUAAAAUAAAGAAAUUCUAUCGAGCCGGAAAAAUGCACAUCGAGUUGCAAGUUUUUGAUUUUCACUUAUAAGCCAUAUUGAAUUUUUGCUAAAUACUUCUCAUAUGAGUCGAUGAGAACAGUUUUGUAUAUUUAAAAUCACAAGUCACGCACUUUGCAAAUUAUAGCUUUAGUCUUCAUAAAUAAAUUAACAUAAAAUAAAGAAAUUCUAUCGAGCCGGAAAAAAUGCACAUUGAGUUGCAAGUUUUUGAUUUUCAAUUAUAAACCAUAUUGAAUUUUUGCUAACUCCCCCCCCCCCCUCCGUGAGCGAACAAAAAAAAUUUUGUUCGCUCACGGAGGGGGGUUAAUUUUUUUUUUUAAAAAAAAAAUUUAUAUAUAAAUUUUAUAAACAAUAUUUUUUUCGAAAUUUAAAAAAAAUCCUAAUUUGCAAAAAAAUUGGGAAGCAAAUAUUAAUUUAAUUUGCAAAAUUUAUGUUUUAAAACGCAAUUUGUUUAAAAUUAAACAGAAUUAGCUCUAGAUUUCAUUAUACUAAUUAUCACUUAUAUAUCAAAAUUUUUUUUCCAUUAAAAUUUUUUCUAUUAAAAAAAUUUUUGUUCACUCACGGAGGGUGGGUUUUUGGUCAAAAAAUGGCGAUUUUUCUAAUGGUUUUGUUCGCUCACGGAGGGGGGGGGGGGGGAAGUAAGUAUUUUUCAUAUGAGUCGAUCAGAACUUUUUAUAUAUUGAGAUACACAAGCCACGCACUUUGCAAAUUAUAACUCUAGUCUUCAUAUAUAAAUUAGUAUAAAAUAAAGAAAUUCCAUCGAGUCGGAAAAAUGCACAUCGAGUCGCAAGUUUUUAAUUUUCACUUAUCACAAGCCACGCACUUAUCGAGCCGGAAAAAUGCACAUUGAGUUGCAAGUUUUUGAUUUUCAAUUAUAAGCCAUAUUGAAUUUUUGCUAAGUACUUCUCAUAUGAGUCGAUAAGAACUUCGUAUAUAUUGAGAAUCGCAAGCCACGCACUUUGCAAAUUAUAACUCUAGUCUUCAUAAAUAAAUUAGCAUAAAAUAAAGAAAUUCUAUCGAGCCGGAAAAAUGCACAUCGAGUUGCAAGUUUUUGAUUUUCACUUAUAAGCCAUAUUGAAUUUUUUGCUAAACACUUCUCAUAUGAGUCGAUAAGAACUUCGUAUAUAUUUAAAAUCACAAGCCACGCACUUUGCAAAUUAUAGCUCUAGUCUUCAUAAAUAAAUUAGCAUAAAAGAAAGAAAUUCUAUCGAGCCGGAAAAAUGCACAUUGGGUUGCAAGUUUUUUGAUUUUCACUUAUAAACCAUAUUGAAUUUUUGCUAAAUACUUCUCAUAUGAGUCGAUAAGAGCUUUUUAUAUAUUGAGAAUCGCAAGCCACGCACUUUGCAAAUUAUAGCUCUAGUCUUCAUAAAUAAAUUAGCAUAAAAGAAAGAAAUUCUAUCGAGCCGGAAAAAUGCACAUUGAGUUGCAAAAUUUUGAUUUUUACAACUAUUAUUAAAUUUUAAUAUUAAAUUUAAAUAUAUAUAUAAAUCAAAAUAUUUAAAGCCAAUAUAUAAUGUGCAAUUAUAUCUUCUGUCUAAUUGGGUAUCUUAAGUUUUAAAUUAUUUUAAUAAUAAAUCCAUUUUUAAAAUUGGCGCGUUUACUUGCCAACUUUUUUCAGACUUGUCACCAUUUUUUGACAUGUCACUUUUAGCACUUUCUGAUAUAGAUAUCCAACUCGUUCCUUUAAUAGAGUUUUUCUUGGUCGUUCAAUAAUCCAGUACAUUUUGCUCGAUAAAAAAAUCUAUAAAAGGGAUAUAAGCUAUAUCUUAAAAACGUAAAUUUUAUAAAUUAAUCUAAAUUUUACUUAAAUGUCCACAAAUUGGAAUUUUAAAAAAACCUCAAAAACUUGUUUUACAUAAUUUUGAAUAAAAUCUCCUUGCUUAACAUGCAAGGCUUUUUGCUCGCAAAUCAAAAGGAUGGAAUAAGCAUUUUCCAUCUUUGAAAAAAUCAAAAGUUUUCCAGGAAAGAUUCAGGAGAGAAAUUGAAGCCAAAAGCAAAUCAAAAAAAUCACGUAAACUUAACUUACUCCCCCCUUUAAAUUGGAAUAACAUCGGUAAAAUUUGCAUUUUUUGGGUGCUUUAGCCCUUUAAAUUGGAAUAAAAUUCAGGAAAUUUUAUUGUUUUAAAAAUAUUAAUUUUUAUAAAUUAGCUAUAUAAACAGUUUGAACACUGAAUCAAUUAAUUUUUUUAUUUAAUUCUUCAUAAAAAUAAAUUAAAAUUCAGAGUAUUGCACUCAGUUUUUAUUUUUUAAAAAAAAAAUUAAAGAUUAAAUUAUUAAUUUUUGUAAAGUUAGUUUUGACCCAAUUUAAUAGACAAAAUUCAAAUAGAAUGCUAUUUAAACAGUUUUCACACUUAUAAAUUAAUUUUUUAAAUUAUUUUUUAAAUAUAUUUUUAAAGGAAAUUAACCCUCUUAAAUUGGAAAAGAAUUGUUUGUUCCAAUUAAAGGGUAGUUAGAAAACAAAGAAGCCCUUCCUAGAAAAUCUUAUAAGCACCUAGAAAAAGAACAAUUUUCUUCGCUAAAAGAGUAUAUUUUAUCUUUAUCAGACAUUAUUCUUGAAAACGAUGGUUUAUCAAAUUCAAAUUCUUUGGAAAAAGAUUAUACCAUUCAGCAGCUUACCAGCGAGCUCAAAAGAAAAGAAAGCGAAAUCAAAGAGCUCCGUGAUAAAAUGAGCCCAUCUAGACUUUCAAGAUCGGCAGUUUUAACAGCCCCUAAUUAUAAUUCUCCAGGACUCGAUAAAGAUGAAGAAAGUGAAUCGAACUUAUUUGUCACCCCAAAAUCCAAGACUGUUAAAAUGCACACCUCAAUGGACAGCUCAUCUACUAUCAGUACGGACAAUCUUUUCAAGUCUAGACGGUCAGGCCAAGCCCUUACAUCUCUGAUUGCAAAGCUCCAAUCAAGAUCUCCAAGAUCUUCUUAA